UUUAACCAUGGUCGCUAAUUUGUCUGGUUGGGAUACCAGAAAUAGACAUGAAGGAGAAAUUGUCGAAGACAUUGCCAAGUUCAUAUGGAACAAAUUAUGUGAUAAAUUGCCAUCAAGUUUUGAACAUUUAGUUGGAGAUGUGCAAUCAAAGGCAGAGAGGAUAAUCUCCAGUUUAAAGAUAGGAUUGGAUGAUAAGUGCUUCAUAGGGAUAUGGGGUAUGGGUGGGAUAGGUAAGACAACUCUUGCUCGAGUUGUUUAUGAUUCAAUCCGAAAAAAGUUUGACACUCGUUGUUUUCUUGCCAAUGUAAGGGAAGAUUCCAAAAGGGUUGGCUUGGUUGGCUUACAAAAGAAACUUCUUUCUUGUCUUGGACUAGGAGAACCAGAAAUAAGUGACUGCUUUCAGGGACGAGAUGUCAUAAGAAAUUUCUUGUGCCAUAAGAAGGUUCUCAUUGUUCUUGAUGAUGUAAGCCAUAGACGUCAGUUGGAUAAUUUGGCUAGAAAUAAAGAGUGGUUUGGUGCAGGGAGCAAAAUAAUAAUAACUACUCGAGAUAUACAAUUAUUGACACAGUAUGAACAGUUUGAAGCAUAUGAAGUGGGGAGGUUAAGUCCAGAUGAGUCCCUUAAACUCUUCUGUCAGAAAGCAUUCAGAAAAGACGAGCCAAACCGAAGUUAUUUGGAUUUGUCCAGAGAAGUAGUUGAAUAUGCCAGUGGACUUCCUUUGGCACUUGAAGUCUUGGGAUCUUUUCUUUGUAGGAGAAAGCAAUCUGAAUGGAGAGACACAUUAGAAAAACUGAGGCAAAAUUUACAUCAUGAUAUUUUUAAUCAACUUCGCAUCAGUUAUGAUGGAUUAGAAGAUGAAGAGUACAGGAGAAUGUUUCUAGAUAUUGCAUGUUUUUAUAAUGGGGAGGCCAAAUCUAAGGUCAUAGGUAUAUUGAAAAUAUGUGGCCUUCAUCCAAUAAUUGGAAUUCAAGCAUCCAGCUUGAAUCUAGUUUAG